AUGGCAGCCACUUCCGUUUCGCAUUACUUUCAUGAAGUAUAUAAUUUUUCACUUUACAGACGUAAGACAGAAGGAAGGAAAAUACACAAAGGGGACUUACGAUCGUUCGAGAAACACAAUGAAACCAAAUUGUACGACGCGGAAACGCGAAAACGCGAGCUAGCUAAGAAAGUUAAAAACAUGUUGCAGCCAUUAGCAAAUUUGCACUACCAGCAUAGUAACACAAAUUUCCCAAGUCACACCACGAGGAGGUUGCUGCAAAUGGUGACUCACCCUAUCCCAUCGAGCCCGUCCACCCUCCUUUUUGCAAAACUCUACAUCUGCGGAAGGCAUCCUCGCAGUAUAUCAAUCUAUUUCAAUUGAAAUAGAUGCACAAAAAAUGACCUGCCCGAAAAAGAGUUAG